AUGGCAGGCGGCUUUAAAUUGGGAUCUCGGAGACGGAGAGACGAGGGUGAUAUUGAAGAUUCCGAUUCGUCUCCACCCCCACGCAAAGUAAAGACAUGUCUCACCAUAGACCUUACGAAAGGUCUAGAAGACCAAGGGUCAUCCCAGGGGAGACGAAACUCAAGUGUUGAGAAUGAGUAUCCUCAUGGUUAUAUGUCCAGCUUUGAAAUGGAGCCACGAACUCUCAGCUCUCAGUCUCAUGAACAGCCUCAGCAGCAUGUCCAACCCAGCAAUCGGAUAGCAUUCGAUAACGAGCGGGCCGAGUGGUACAAAGGCUCUAAACCAUUAUCGUCUCUCAAAACCGGCAUGUUCGAUAUACCAGGGCUGAAUAACUGGGAAAUUGGUAGUUUCAGUGGAUCUGGAUCCCCAACUCCCGGCAUAAGAUCUCCAAGCCCUACCUUCAUGCCAAUUCCAUCCGAUAAUCUUCGGCCACUUAGAACGCCUACCGGAAAUAAUUGCUCAACACCUAGCCGCAAGCGUGUCGCUGCUACACCGCUGCCGCCACCGGAAGAACAUUUCAGGGAAGAAGAAAUCGACGCAGUGAUUUAUAAAGGUUACACUCUCCGCGAACGGAAGGCGGUUGAACUUGAGGAUGGAACUUUCCUGCGAAUUCACUCAAUCCUUAAUCGAAUUGGUGGUGAUGGGGAGGAGGAAGUCUUUCUUAGGGGCGCAAAAUAUAAAAGAGCCCGUGACUUCAUGGGGCUUUUAGGAUUAAAGAAGAAUGAAGUUGCCUUAAGCUCAGCUAGCGAAACGGUCUCAAUCUCGAAAGUACUCAGAACUAGGAUCCUCAUCAUGACAAAUGCAGCUUUUCCAAAAUACAGGGAUGUCCAUGGGAAUGCUCAAGUUGAUGAGAUAGAGGGUAGGUUAAUCUGUAGAUGGAAAUUGACCGUAAUUAGCAAGCAAGAGAGUUACAUAUGGCGCCUCGGGGAACAGGAGGCGGACAAGGAAUUUCAAGUUGAAGAUCGCGAAUUACGAGAGGAUUGGAGGGGUAAGAUUGUGAAGUUGGCUGAAAUACUGAAAGUUACAUCUAGGGAGCAUAUACCGCCCCAGAGGAAGCCGAGAUAUGUUGAGGAAAGUGUAAAUUCCGACAAAGUGGCGAGCCCUGAGAUAGGAAGACGGGCCGAAGGCAUAAAGGAAACACACCACACUGAGAUUGUGGCCAACGGAAGUAGUAUUGAGCUCAAGGAAACAUGCUUUGAGUCUUAUCCACGAGGUGAUUUAUCUGUUCUUGGAAGAAGAAGGUACGAGGCCACGGUGGACUCCCGAACACCUUCAGGCAGGUUUCUUGGUCAUUUCCAAGGAACGUAUACACCCAAUGCCUUCUCCUUACCUUCUUUAUGCAACAGUCCAUCAGGCUUCACAGGAAUAUUCUCGCAGACCUCGAGGGCAUCAUCUGUCGUUUCUACACCGCGAUCGUUUUCUGAUUCAUUUGGAGGUUCGGAUGAUACCUGGAGUCCGGAUAAGGUCGAUUCCCUUAGUGGAUUUGAACUUCUUGGUAAAGAUCUUGGGUGUUUUAUGCCCCUAAGAUACGACAAUUCAAGGAGGCCUUCCCUGCUUGUGAAUAUGACCUCUCAAGGAAGCUCUCAUCGAGGCAGUUCUGAAAAUCGUGGAGCUUUCGAAACGUUUGAUAAGGUCCUAAAAGAACCGCCCCCUCCUCAACCAGCUUUCGCCCCACGAUCGAUAUCACAGAAAAAAAGGUAUCGGUUCGGGGAUGCCUUCUGCGGUGGCGGCGGCAUGUCCUCCGGUGCCCGCUCCGCUGGCCUGAUCAAUGCAUGGAGUUUUGAUUUCAAUCAGGAUGCAAUAAAUACCUACCGUCGAAACUUUCCCGACUGUGAAACAUACUACGCAACAGCCAAUGAUUUUGUGACCUUUCCUCCGGAAGAGCUACUCGUGGAUAUCGUCCAUCUCUCUCCGCCGUGCCAGCCCCAUUCACCCGCCCACACAAUCGCAGGAAAGGACGAUGACCGAAACGAGGCAUCUCUGUUUUGCGUCAAAGAGUGCCUGGAAGCUGCCAGACCAAGGAUGGUGACAUUGGAGCAGACGGACGGGAUCCUGAAUCGGCAGGAAUGGUUCCGAAGUUUGGUGCUGUGUUUCACUGAUCUAGGCUUUUCGGUCAGCUGGAAGGUGCUACAUGGUGUAGAAUACGGUGUUCCGCAGACUCGAAAGCGACUAUUCUUAUUAGCAGCGAGUCCUGGGGAAGUUCUCCCCCAUUUCCCAGCGCCUAGAUACGCCCACCCCAGGGUCCAGGAAACUAGUAAGUUGACACCACCACGCACAGUCCGAGACGCCAUAGGUUCCAUUCCAUACGGUGUGACCAGUCAUGAGCCCACCCCGUUCCCGGGCGGAUUCCGACCAUCACCUGUCGACUUUGACCAGCCGCUCAGAGCCACGAUCCUGGCCAGCGGAGGCCCCUAUGAUGUGCAUCCGAGCGGGUUACGGCCAUUCACGCCCAGGGAACUGGCGUGUCUACAGACAUUCCCGAUCACGCAUGACUUCCAGGGGAGUCCCUGUCAGAGGAAGAAGCAGAUUGGGAAUGCGGUGCCGCCAAAACUGGCGGAGGCACUCUUAAAAGAAGUGAAGAGGACGUUGGAGAGAGUUGAUAAAGAGAGGGAGAAGGAGAGGAUUGAGAAAGCUAAAAUGACUGUUUUGAUUGAGGUUGAGGAAGAUAUCAUUUAUGGGGGGAGUAAAAGGGUUGAAAAUCCUAUGGAGGAAAUGUUUCCGGAUAUCAUUUAUAAUAAAACUGUCAAGAAGCCGGUCAUUACCAUCCCAGCACCAGUACCAGCACCAGAAUUAGUACCGGUACCGGUACCAGCACUAGACCUGUUAGCAGCACCACUGCCGGCACCAAUACCGGUACUAGUACUAGAUCCCGAGCCAAUAAUGGCACUAGCAGGAGCGCCGGGACCAACGCCAACAGUACCAGCCUUAGUCAUAACUGACGAAGAUGAAGUCCAGAUAGUGUGUGUGCAAAAGAAGACGAUUCCGGUCGUGGUUGUAGAUUAG